GCACACUCGUACAUCCAUUAUCAAAUUAAGAUAGCAGGCACUACCGGACAUCGCUUUCCCAAUCAUUUUCUUACUUGUCCAAAUCAAUAAUUAAGCGCUUCUUAUACUCUUUUCAGAUCAGUGAUCGAGCCCUCGGAGCGCAACUCUAUAAUCUUUUCAUAAAUUCAAGCAUGUUCGCGAUUCAGACAACGCCGACGUCUUCUGCGACUGAGAACCAGUCAUCAAUGGACUGUUUCACACCCAAUAUAUUACCCUGCAAAGUUCACUACGAUGGACCUUUCAAGAAAUUAGAUCGCUUCUGGACCCCGAGACCCGACGAGCAAGACAAAGACGUACAGAUUGCAUAUUUCCGCGGCCGUAGACUCAAAGGCCGACGAGUUGCUGUUCCGGAAGGCUAUGAAGGAGUUAUUGCAAAGAGCACAGACCGCACGUUGCCCCGUUCCCGAAGGAAGAUUGAAGCUGAGGUCGAAGAAGUCGAGCCAGAGGAGCCAGUCAGGAUUCUGGAGAAACAGGGAACCUUUAAGGAAUAUACGGUUUGGGGGCAUGAGUUGGUACCUGCGGCAGACGACGCCUUCGUAAGGGGAGUGGAAGAGUGGAUCAGACUGGCUGAAGCGAUGCACUGCCAACCCAGCAGUGAAGCGAAGCCGUCAUCUUGAGCAGCACCUUGACACAGUUUUUCACCGUUCCAGGAAGACAGAGAGAAUUUUGUCUUCUCACAGCGGCGCCGAUCUCCCCAGUCGCAUCCUUCAUCCUCAAAGAUAGCUGUGCACACAAGGACCAGAUAUGUGCAUGGCGUGGUUUAAUUACUCCCUUGCGGACGAGUACUUAAAGGGCAUUGGCGGAUCAUUGGCGCCAUAGUCGGCUGGCUUCGAUAUGGUCAAUAACAGUCCGUGAUAUGAUAUCAAAAUCAUGAUCUA